AUGGAAACUCACGGCGGAGGCCCCUACGACGAACUCCUCCUCGUCCCCGGAAACUUCACCGUCCCACAACCAACAACCUCCCCAUCCAGCCAGCCACACAUCAAAAUUCCAAAGAAAGCCCAACGCAUAUCCCGCAUCUACGUCUCCCAACGCACAACAACCUACAACGGGCGCCUAAACUGGAACAUCCCCAAACAGCUCGCUCGCUUCUCUUUCUCCGCACCUCCAACCCCACCCGGCGCCUCGCCCCCAUCCACUCUCACCGUGCAAGUCUUCCCGCCCGGCACCAAAGAAGGCGAUGGCGGCGCCCCGUUCUUUGCUUGCACCCUCAAACCCUGGCAAUGGGUUCCGCCCAUACCGUUGAACACGAAAUACCUUCCACUUAGCAUGGCCGCCGCGCAACCGCCCCUCCCAUCUGCGCCGGGUCACGAGAAAGCGGUUAAAGAGGUGCAAGAAGGACUACAGAUAGACGACUACGACAUAGACAUUAAGAAAAUGGACGCGGUGCUAGUAGGAACGCAGAAGUGGCGGGCGUUUGAUAUUGCAGCGGUCACGCCGAGGGCGCGGGGGUGCUGGGUUGAGGUGCAUGAGAAGAAGGAGAGUGAGGUUGUGGAACAGGUGAGGGUUGAGGAAGUGCAACGCCGUUGGUUAGCCUCUACCUCCGUACACAACACCAAGCGCAUGCCACUCAAACGCAUGUUGAUAUUGUCAGUCAUAUUGAUAGCGAUACUCUUCAUCAUGAUGCGCUCUUUCUUGCCGUAUGACGUCCGCUGGACAGCCAAGCUUCUCCACCGCGAUGUACGCAACCUCCGGGCGAAGUACACUACACGAUCGAAGCACCAAGGCGGUCCUGUAGACGUUGCGAGAAGCAGCUCGGCGCACCAACAGGCUUGUACCAGGAACGUAUCCACAACUGCCGCAAGGUAUUCCGUGCAGCAAACCGUCAUCACAGCAUGUCGGCCAAGACAGCGUAUACUCCAAACCUUGGAACCACCCCAAAAUAGUCCCGGCACUCCCCAAAUCAGCAUAGAGAACUGUCCCGGUACACUCUACUACCUCCUAGAAAACAGACUUAGGGCUACGUAUGAUUCUCGUGACCGCCACAUGUCGCACGAAGACCGUUGGAGAUUCCGCGGUAGUUGGCUAGUGCUCCACAGAGCUAUCCAAGGAUGUCGUCCGGACGAGAGCGACGAUGCCUCCAGCGUCGGCACGGAUAAGGCCAGCGAGAAUACAAUGCUUCUAGAUAUGCUGAACCAAAGCACUCGAUCGUCUACACCCAAGGUCAGUAAGAUGCGAGCUGCACCAUAUACCCGACAUGGCAGCGACCAUGAUCGCUAUGACUCUAUGUUUGGCGAUGCUCCUACAUCCACACUCACACCGUCUCCCGCGCAUCUAUGGCUUUCCAUUCUUGAAGCCACCGACGACACCCAGAAGAUCGCACCAAUGGCUGAACAGCUCCUGGGGUACAUUUCGCAAGAGAAGAAAGCUUUCGACAUCAUCGAGCAGGUCGGAAACCCCCACAAGAAGUUUUCCGAUGCCGAUGACGCUCAACUCCGACUUCAAUUCCGAGAAUUACUAUCGCAACAACGCGCAUCGUCAUACAUAUUAGACGAAACCUCCCCCCAAACCAACUCGGCCCUUCGUAUGAGCAGCGAACCAAAAGGCAGCACGCCAGGAUCACUUAGCCCACACAACAACUUGACUAGAGUCAACACUUAUCCUCACGCCGAAUUUACCAUCCCGCCAUCGGACACGCUGUCACCAUGCCCAAGUGCCCAAACUCACAACGCCGAUGCCCCGGCAUCGGCCAACUCCAAGGAGAAUCGCCCAAGCAGCACUGCAACUGGAGAUGAAAAAGCCCACCGACCUCUUGAUGAGGAAUCUCGAUCAACAUCCAUCGCUAAUGACGAAGUAACCUAUCCAGAAGGUGGCCUAGGUGCCUGGUCGGUUGUUCUAGGGUCAUUCCUUGGACUCAUCGCAUCCUUGGGUAUGAUGAACACAGUCGGUAUCUACCAUGCCUACAUUGCCGAGCACUACCUUGCGGACUACACCGAGUCGACCAUCUCGUGGAUCUUCAGCAUGUACGUCUUCCUGUCGUUCUUCUGCGGACUUCAGAUUGGACCCAUAUUCGAUGCGCACGGCCCGAAGCUAUUGGUGCUGGCAGGUAGCAUCCUACUGUGCUUGUCAAACUUCCUGCUCGGGAUUUGCACACUGUACUGGCACUUCUUCCUCGUCUUCGGCGUGCUUGGGGGUCUCGGUACAUCGUUGAUCUUCACGCCUGCGUUCGCUGCAGUCAGCCACUUCUUCCUGCAAAAGCGAGGCAACGCAACGGGUAUCGCCGCAGCUGGAGGCUCGCUGGGUGGUGUCAUAUUCCCGCUGGCGCUGGAGAAGCUGCUACCCAGGGUAGGCUUCCCAUGGGCGACUCGCAUCAUCGGCUUCAUCACGCUCUUCUGCUGCAUUGGUGCCUGCUUCCUGAUCCGCUCCCGCCUACCACCCAAAGCUGGACAAUCAGUAUGGCCGGAUUUUCGAAUCUUCCGCCACAAGAGCUACUUCCUGCUCACGGUCGGCAUCUUCAUGAUGGAAUGGGCACUCUUCAUCCCGAUCACUUACCUUACAACAUUUGCGGUCAGUACUGGCGCAUUCAGCCCGUCAUUCUCGUACCAACUCAUCGCCAUCUUCAACGCGGGAAGCUGUCUUGGUCGAUGGGUUCCAGGCUUCCUAGCCGAUAAGCUCGGGCGCUUCAACAGCAUGAUUGCUGCACUCGCCAUUUGCUCAGCUACAUCGCUAGUCUUCUGGCUGCCCGCAUCGCUACUCACCCCCACCUCCGCGGCCGAAGCUACGGCUAUCAAAGCACUCUCCAUUGUUUACGCGGUCUUAUUUGGUUUCGCAUCUGGCUCCAAUAUCUCAUUGACGCCAGUCUGCGUCGGCCAGCUUUGCGAUACGAAUGUCUACGGCAGGUACUACGCUACUUGUUACACCGUGGUCAGUUUCAGCACGCUUACCGGUAUUCCUAUUGCGGGUGCUAUCAUCCAGGCCACUGGUGGACACUACUGGGGAGUGGUCAUCUGGACCGCAGCUUGCUACAUCGUGGCGUCACUUUGCUUUGUGUGGAGUCGCGCACUCCAAGUUGGCUGGAAGUUGGGUGUGAAGUUCUGA